AUGGAUUCCCUCCCACCCGACCUCUUCGACCGAACUACUCUAGUCUCGCUCACCUCCACGCUAGCCAUCCUGGGAGUGGCGUAUCUGGCCUCUCUAAAUGCUCUGCCCUCAUCCACGUCGGGCAGUCUGAGAGGGUUGUUCAUUUGGCAUGCUUUCGACGCCCUAAUUCACUUCUUUCUGGAGGGCAGCUUCCUCUACCACUGCUUCUUCAGUUAUAUCCCGCUCACGCAGGUUAAGAACCGGCUUGCUCUCGCUCCCACCGCGCAUAAUUUCUUGGGACACAACGAUCGCGCUUAUGGCCCGCAAGCGGGCGGAAGUAAUCCGCUCGCGCAGCUUUGGAUGGUUUAUGCGAAGGCGGAUCGGAGGUGGGCGGGGGCGGAUUUGUCUGUCAUCAGUCUCGAACUCUUAACCGUCUUCAUCGCGGGUCCGCUUGCAUGUCUCGUCUGCUACGGCAUCGCCAAGAAAGACCCCCGAACCAAUAUCCUCAUGAUUGUCGUGGCGACCAUGGAGCUGUACGGUGGGUUCAUCACAUUUUGCCCCGAGUGGCUGACGCAGAAUUAUAACCUGGACGCGAGCAACUUCAUGUACAAGUGGGUGUAUCUUGUGUUCUUCAAUAUGCUGUGGGUUUUCAUCCCGUUGUAUGCAGUUUGGGUCUCUGUUCAGGAUAUCAAUGAUGCGCUUGCGAUGCGGGCCAGGUUGGAGAAGGGGUUGGAGAAGUCGCAGAAGAGUUUGCAGAAGGUCAGGAAGUCGAAGUGA